AUGGCGUCGGUGGUGAACACGGGCACCUCGUCUGGUUCCGGUAGCAAGCAGAUUCCUUUGCUCUGCACCGUCUGCCCCGAGUCGCCGCGAUUCUCCGAUGUGUCCCACUUGCUCACGCACAUCGCCUCCAAGGGCCAUCUCCAUCAUGAAACCCAGACAAAGUUGAAGGCUCACCAGGACGUCGCGGCCUCUCAGCCCAAGAGGAAAAUGAAGAGAGUUGAAUCUGACAUGGUCGUGAAGAAUGAACAUGAAGAUUUUACUCCGGACUUUCCCAUGUUUCCGGGCUUCUUCCAAUCAGAACAGGACAACGAGGUCCAGAACGACUUCUUCGGAUCAGGCGAUAUGAUGUCACUGAAGGGUCAGAUAUGGCCAGGCAUGGGCAAAAUGGAUCUGGCAAAUGAGGAUAUGAAACGCACUCGCAACCAAAGAAAGCCCAAGUCGGUCAUUGAAAAGAUGAGAAGAACGUCAGAGGGAAUUGAGCCCACUCAAGUCGUUAUGACGGCGGAGUUUGAGGUGGAAAGGGUCAAGGAUGUUUAUGACAGCUCUUCACCGGCCCCGGACCAGGAGGAGACGACGCCACCCAAGAAAACAGCGAAGCCUCGCCGAAAGCGUGGAGAGCCACUCGCAGAGAUCUCUGCCAAUAUUCCUCGGGGAGGCAAUCGCCGUCUCACCCGCAGCAACGCUGGCCAAGACAAGAGUUCCAAGCCCCUCCUCGCAUACAGUCGAACCCCAAGCUCUGACAUCACGCCUACUCUGGGACAGUACAAGCGCUCUCAUGAUAUCUUCCGGGAUGAUGAUGAGCUUACCGGUACGCACCCUUGGGCAGAUCAUAUCGUACUGACUCUCGGGCCAUAUAGUUUUGAGCUACGCAGGCGAAUUGGUCUGCACCAGCUGAAUCCGAUUGCACACUCAAACAUGGCGUCCCCAACUCCAGCUGCCAGAGACGUCCCUGACAGAGGAUUCUCGGCGCGAGACCUCCAAAGAGGCAGAAGCCAAGAGCAAUCUUUCCUCAGCAUGAAUGGACACGCUGGCUCCUUCACUCAUCAGGAUUUAUCCUAUGCCUUGGAUGGAACGUCCAUCUAUAACAGUGCCCCACGAUUUCCAUUCGCUACGAACAACCACUUCAAUGCUCUUGGUCAUGACCAUUUUCGCCUCCCCCCAGGCCACAGCGCCCAGCAGAAGUUCGAGGAUUAUUCGCAUACCAGUGCCGGAGAGGCCAAUUCGGCAGCAAAUCAGUUCCUUGACAUACCAGCUACCAAUCCUCUCUUCUCGCAAGAUCGUCUCUUCCUUGGAUCAUGUGGCCAGCCGGGUCCUUCAGCAAGCCUGUCUCCGCUGGGAUUCACAUCCAUAAACCGCAAUCCGGAUACCUCUCACUCGAUGCGUCAAAGUCAGUCAGCUGCCGGUGUCAAACCCGAACCACAGCUUUGCGACGUUCUGGAUGAUGCCAACAUUGACGAUGAGAAGGAAUCUCGCUACCCUGUGCACGGCAUCUGGGAAUCGCAAGGAUCUGACAACGGCAUCGAAAUCCACGAAAAUCUUCAACACGACGAAUUAGAUCUCUAA